UCCCCCACAGGGGGCAUGCGCCGACGUCCAGGACCAAGAGCACCAGGUUUAAAAGCUGGGCGGCCAGGACACAAAGGAGGGGAGGAAGCUCCGGUGGUACGGCCAACGGCCAACGGACAACUGCCGGGAUCUGCAACGUGGUGAUCGGACCGACAGCAGACCCAGGACGGGCAACCGAGAACCCCCGUGGCCAGAGUGGGUGAGUCACCCCGGCCACCCUGCCGAACCAGACUGAUACAUACAGACCCUGAAGGGUCGGAGGAAGCAGCCCAGGACGGGGUCGGAAACCCCGGGGACCGGUGAGUUGCGGCCAUAGCCCCCCUGGUCGGGCAGCACGUCUCUGACGCACUCCCUUAGGGUCCUGGGCUGGGACCUGGAGAGAGGGCCGGUCCAGGUCCCCCUCCGCCCCGGUAGGUUACCGGAGGACUAUUAAAGAGUGAGGUAACGUAGCAUAACGGCCCCCUUCCCGAGAAAGGGGGCGGGAGUGUUACAAAAUGGUGGAGAAUGUGAGUACUAAACCCCUAGACUAGAAGGGGUGAGCCCCCCCCCAAAAAAACGCCCCGGGUUCAAGACGGCAGAGAAUCCCACGAGGGGUAGAGGGCGCCUCCCACGAGAGAAGCGGAGGAAAGCCGCCGCCAUGGACCCGACACAAAUUUUUGAAUGGCUCAAGGAACAGCAGGCGCUACAGCAACAGCACCAGGUGCAGUUGCUACAGCAGCUGGCCGCCCAGGGCCAAGAACAGCAGCGCCAGAUAGUGAGGGAAAUGCCUCAGCAGCAGGAGAUAUGGUUGCAGCAAGGGGUAGGCCAGGGAAUCGAGGCCGGACCGGUCGGAGACAGGGAGGAGGGACCCGGAGGAGCGGCCCAGCUGCCUAUCAGACUGACCAAGAUGGGACCGCUGGAUGACCCAGAAGUGUACUUGUGGGACCCCCUGCCAGCGAGGGAUCUUCCAGACCCCUCCCGCCAGCCCCCUCCAGGGCCCAUCGCAGCGCUCCUGGGACCGCCACCACCUGCUCCGCCACCAUGUCUGCACGAUUGAGCGCAUGGAGCGUGCUCUUUCUGAGAAGAUCUGCACAGAUGCAGAGUGGUGGGACCAGGUGUGGGACCAGUACCUGGAGUGCUGCAACCAUGUGUACAGUAUCCUGGGCACAACUUCAGACUGAAUGGGCCCUGUGUAGCAGCCCAGUGCUGAAAGCCCCCCUCUUCCACCUCCAGCUCUCCCCCCGCUUCUCCUCCUGCCUUGCCCAUGCCCCUCCUGAGGUCCCCCACCCUCGGCACCUCCUGGUGCAGCCUGCCCUGACCCGGCAUGAGGGGCAGAGGCGUCCCCGCAUCUGUGCGGGUGGGAGAGGCCUCCCUUCACACCCAUGAGGCCCUCCCAGUUCAGGGCCCCCUCCUGCCCCGUCCUCCCAGUUCAGGGCCCCCUCCUCUCCUCUCCCCACAGUGCACCCCUUUUCCUUCUUCCCCCUCCCCACAGUGCACCCCCUUCCUUGUGUGAAUAAAAGCA